CCCGGGUCAGCUGACAGCCAGCCAGUGACCGGGUCGUGCACAGGGGUCCCGGGGAGCGAUGUUGGGCGAGCAGCCGAGCCCGGAGGUCCGGAGCCGACCCCGGUGCUGCCGAGGGCAGGUGCUGGCGGCGAUCGCCCACCUGCUCGUGCUCCUGGCAGGAACCGCGGCUGGGGCUGAGGAUGACUUCAGUCUGGUGCAGCCGUUGGUGACCAUGGAGCAGCUGCUGUGGGUGAGCGGGAAGCAGAUCGGCUCGGUGGACACCUUCCGCAUCCCGCUCAUCGCAACCACACCUCGGGGCACGCUGCUCGCCUUCGCUGAGGCCAGGAAGAUGUCUGCAUCUGAUGAGGGGGCCAAGUUUAUCGCCCUGCGGAGGUCCACGGACCAGGGUAGCACGUGGUCGUCUACAGCCUUCAUUGUUGAUGAUGGGGAGGCCUCAGACGGGCUGAACCUGGGUGCUGUGGUGAGUGACAUGGAGACGGGAGUGGUGUUCCUUAUCUACACCCUCUGCGCUCACAAGGUCAACUGCCAGGUGGCCUCCACCAUGCUGGUAUGGAGUAAGGACGAUGGUAUUUCCUGGAGCCCACCCCGGAAUCUUUCCCUGGAUAUUGGCACGGAGAUGUUUGCUCCUGGACCAGGCUCUGGCAUUCAGAAACAGCGGGAGCCACACAAGGGCCGGCUCAUUGUGUGUGGCCAUGGGACGCUGGAGCGAGAUGGGGUCUUCUGUCUCCUCAGUGAUGACCAUGGCGCAUCCUGGCACUACGGGACAGGAGUGAGCAGCAUCCCCUUUGGCCAGCCCAAACGGGAGCAUGAUUUCAACCCUGACGAAUGCCAGCCCUAUGAGCUUCCAGAUGGUUCUGUCAUCAUCAAUGCCCGGAACCAAAACAACUACCACUGCCAUUGCCGGAUCGUCCUCCGCAGCUACGACGCCUGUGAUACACUCAGGCCCCGGGAUGUGACCUUUGACCCUGAGCUCGUAGACCCUGUGGUAGCUGCAGGAGCCAUAGCCACCAGCUCGGGCAUCAUCUUCUUCUCCAAUCCAGCGCAUCCUGAGUUCCGAGUGAACUUGACCCUGCGCUGGAGUUUCAGCAAUGGCACCUCUUGGCAGAAGGAAACAGUCCAGGUGUGGCCAGGACCCAGUGGCUACUCAUCCUUGGCAGCCCUGGAGACCAAUGCAGCUGGAGAAAAGCAGGCUCCACAGCUGUACGUGCUGUACGAGAAAGGCCUGAGCCAGUACACAGAGAGCAUCUCCAUGGUCAAAAUCAGCGUCUAUGGGACGCUCUGAGUCCAGUGCCCCAGGGCCACAAAGUCUUGGACUCUGAUUUCACGGCUCUGUGGAGGGUCUGCUGCGAUGCCUGGGACACAGUUCUUCCUCCAACUAGCCUUUACUUUGACAGGGAAAUCACUCCAUUAGAGAAACAGCCCAACUUCCUCUCCCAAACAGAAGUCAUGGCCCCAGCCCUUUUUGCCCUCCCAGGACUAUGGAGCUGGUUCUUUCUGGAGCAGGUCUGGGUUGGGCAUGGAGAGUUGGACAAAUGUGAACUCAGGGAACUGGGGAAGGUCGAGCUACCAUGGGGUUGGGAGCAAAACACCAUGUAUGAAGAGGGUUGGAAAAUGUCACCAGAGCAGAAGAUUUCAUUUCAGAGUUAAGGGACUAGGCACACACACACACACACACACACACCCUUGAUUAUUUAUGAAUCAAAAUAUUUGUAACUUAAAUUUUUUAAUGAAGGAAAAUAAGCAUUUGUGGAGUCUGGUUCUGUCGGUGCACACGCUCCUGAUUGCCUCAUGGAUACUCGUGACUGGAGCGGGCUUAGGAGAGGAAGCUGUGUGCUCGGGAAACUGAAUUUGGCAAGUCAAACCCUACAUUUCCAUUAUGCUCCUUCUUGAUGAGGUUAGGGGGAACUCUUUAAGAGACUUUAAACCUGAUGUGUCAUAUUUCUAGGAUGGAGUGGGGUAUGAAUACGGAUUGGAGGUAUAAAACCAGAUGGGAAGCUUUGCCAGGCCAGCCUGGUUAUAACAACCUGUGAGGAAGUACCGUGUUCAUUCUCAGGCAAGUGCCUGAGGGGUGCGGGGCUCAGCCCUCCAAGAGGAAACAGCUUAGAUGGGAUGCUGGGCAUGGAGGUGCUCAGCAUUUGGUGGGCAGAAGGAGGAAGGUACUGGCAAGUUUCACGUCUAACAUACCAAGUUCCAGGCUAGCCAUGGCUACCACACAGUGAGACCAUGUCUCAAAAAAAGGGAAAAAAACGCUGAAGGAGCUGUGGUUUGUGCACAUCUGUGAUCCCAGCACUCCAGAGGAGGCAGGAGGAUCAGGAGUUCCAGGCAGCCUCAGCCACAUGAGACCGUCUCGAAAAAAGAAAAAGGCUGCAGAUGUAGCUCAGUGGUAGAGCUAGUGUUAGAACACCUAAGACCAUUCCUGAGUUCCAUUCCUUGAGGCUAUGUGUGCGAGUGUGUGUGUGUAAUAAAAUAUAUACAAAAUA